UUGAACUUAAAUCGUAUCACAACACAUCAUGAAAAUAAUAAUAUAAUAAAAUGUUCACUACGUCUUGAAAAAUGCCCAUGUUGCUCCACGUCUUUGGUGUAUUAAUUUUUAAUCAUGUUUCAAAAGUCGAGGAAAAAGAAUCACUUCACCGAGUUGGAAAUCGUUGGGAAAAACUAUUGCGAGUUAGGACAUGUCGAAAAAGCUUAUGAUGAACAACAUACUUCAAACAACUCAUCUCGAAAGAAUAAAAACAAAGAAAAUGUCACGAGUGAUAAAACAAUACGACAACUGGGCAGUAAGCACAGAGCUGAAAGUCAACUAUGGGAUUCGUUUAUGCAAGUAAAAAAGUUGAAAAGUCCUCUGUCCGCUGUUGAUGCAAAUCAACAACAUGAAAACUAUUCGGCGUCAACCAUUGGAAAAUUUCAUUUUUCCGGCUCUUAUAAAAAUAAAAGUAAUACAUUUAGUAAUGUCACCAGCAGCUUUAUCAGUUCAAAAAUUUUGAGUCUACCAGUUUUGGGUGAAAAUGAUACACAAAAACGUUUGGAAUUAUCUAAUUGGGGAUUGACUCCACUCAUUCUUGAGAAAUACCAUACUCGAGGAUUAACAAAAAUGUUUCCCUGGCAAGUGGAAUGUUUAGCUAAUAAAAAAAUAUUACUAGACAAUAAGAAUCUUGUGUAUUCAGCACCUACAUCAGCUGGAAAGACAUUAGUUUCAGAACUUCUCAUUUUGAAAACUGUGUUGGAGAGGAGAAAAAAAGUAAUUUUUAUUCUGCCAUUUGUAUCUGUUGUUAGAGAAAAAAUGUUUUAUUUACAAGAUCUUCUUUCGGAUAGUGGAGUGAGAGUUGAAGGUUUUAUGGGAGGUGUCGCACCAGCUGGAGGUUUUCAAUCUGUUCAUAUUGCCAUUGCUACAAUAGAAAAAGCAAAUUCUUUGAUAAAUCGUUUGAUGCAAGGUGGUGAUCUUGAUACAUUAGGAGCUGUCGUUAUAGAUGAAUUACAUUUACUUGGCGACCCUGGAAGAGGAUAUAUAUUAGAGUUACUUUUAACUAAAUUAAAAUAUAUGUCUGACAAUUUUGAGCACAUUGAUAUUCAAUUAAUUGGCAUGUCUGCAACUUUACCAAAUCUACCAUUAAUAGCUGAUUGGUUAAAUGCUGAACUUUAUCACACUGACUUUAGGCCCAUUCCCCUUGAAGAACGAUGCAAAAUUGGAUUAUCGAUAAUGAAUAAAGAAUUCAAUCUUGUAAAGGAGCUUACAGUAGCUCCUGAUAUCAUUGAUGAUUCAGAUAAUGUAAUUCAGCUGUGUAUUGAAACAAUCAGUACUGGCCGUGGAACAUUAAUAUUUUGCCCUACAAAAAAUUGGUGUGAAAAGUUGGCUGUUCAAAUGGCAGCCACAUUUUUUCAAUUGGGUCGUGAUAAAACAACCAAUGGGAUGAUUUUACGAAAUAAUAUUGACAGCGAUAUGGUUCAAGAAGUUUUAGCUCAACUCGAGCACAGUCCUGUAGGUUUAGAUAGCGUUCUGAAAAAGACCAUUUCAUUUGGAGUUGCGUUUCAUCAUGCUGGUUUGACUAUGGAUGAACGUGAUAUCAUCGAAGGUGCUUUUCGGACUGGUUCCUUGAAAGUCCUGGUAGCUACAUCCACCCUCAGUAGUGGGGUAAAUCUACCGGCAAGACGAGUUAUUAUACGAUCGCCAAUGUUCAACGGUAAUGUUAUCGAUAAAUUGACUUAUCAGCAAAUGAUUGGACGUGCUGGUCGCAUGGGCAAAGACACAGCAGGCGAAAGUAUACUGAUCUGUAAGCACACCGAGAGAAGUGUGGCUGAAAAAUUGAUAAAAUCGACGUUAGAACCGAUAAAAUCAUGCUUGAAAAGCUCAGGUCCGCUUAUACGUGCUCUGCUUGAAGCCAUCGCCAGUCAAGUUGUCAAAACACCGGCUGAUCUCGAUCGUUACAGCAAAUGUACUUUUAUUUACAAGUGUGAAGACAGUGGUGUCAAGAGUAUGGUGGAGGAGGCUGUGGAAUUUUUGGUAGCCAACGAAUUCUUACUGGUGAAAAAUUCCAACGAUAAUAAUGAAGAGCAAAGAAUGAUGGCUACCUGUUUGGGAAAAGCAUGUCUUUCUGCGUCGAUUCCCCCCCGCGAUGCGCUUUUUCUCUUCGAAGAGCUUCAACGAGCCCGAAAAUGUUUCGUUCUUGACACUGAGCUUCACGUUGUAUAUCUCGUCACGCCUUUCAAUUCUAGUGGUCAAAUUAAUCAAAUCGACUGGAUGUCCUUUAUGGAACAGUGGCGUAAACUUUCAGAGAGCGAGCGUAGGGUCGGAAAUUUAGUCGGCAUUGAAGAGCGAUUUAUCAUGUCAGCUAUGAGAGGCAUCAUUAGAUCAGAAAAAGCACUCAGCAUUCAUCGCAGAUUUUUUACGGCACUCGCGUUACAUGAUUUGGUACGCGAGGUACCACUCAACGCCGUCUGUAGAAAAUACAAUUGCUCUCGAGGAUUAUUGCAAAGCUUACAACAAUCAUCCGCCACGUUUUCUGGUAUGGUUACAAGCUUCUGCAAGGAAUUAAAAUGGGACUGCAUGGAACUGCUAUUUGCUCAGUUUCAAACACGUUUACAAUUUGGUGUACAGCGUGAGUUACUCGAUUUACUCAGAUUACCCAGCAUCAAUGGAUUACGCGCCAGAAGUUUGUUCAAGCACGGUAUCACUACUGUUGGUGAACUCUUACUUGCAUCUGAGAUCGAGAUUGAGGAGGCCCUAGAAAAAGCUUUACCCUUCGAAAGCGAAAAAGAUUUCGAUGGUGGAAACAAAGCUGAAGUAGAAAAAAAAAUGAAAAUGCGUACAAUUUUCAUAACAGGCAAAGAUGGUCUCACUGCGCGCGAAGCUGCUCGUAUUGUUAUCAAUGAAGCGCGAUUACUCGUUAAGAAUGAGUUAGGACUGCAAGACGUCAAAUGGAGUCAAAAUAAUGAUGAAGGAUCCAGUCCGACAUCUCCAUCGUCUUCUUGUUUUUCGCCAACUGCUGAAGCCAUGAGCUUACAACCAUUGAGUUUGAUUCAAGAAGUUACUCCACAACAGCCGAAUACGUGUAUUAAUGCAAAAGAAGAAAAAAACAAUUUUGAUUCUGAAGUAAAAACUGGUGCCAUCGAGGCGCAAACAUUGGAUAAAUCCAUGAAAUUGACGGAAAAUAAUGAUGCAAAGCAAGUUACUGUAGAAUUGCAAAAUAAGUUGUCACUCGGACAUGUUGACAAUCGGUCGAGUGGCGAUCUGAUAUCGCAGGAUAUAAUAAAUCAAAGUGAUAAAGAACAGCCUGAAAAAUCAACGCGAACAUUGAGAUCAAGACUUACGAGUAAGAAUAAAAGUGUCCAAGAAAACAAAACUGUUACAAAUAUGACCAUUUGUACGGCUGAUUUUCAAGACGAUCUUGAUUCUUAUUUUGUCGAAUCUUCGCAAAAUACCGGAAUGACACUGAAGAGUAAAAUAAGCGCGCAAUCAGCAAGAAUUGUUGAAAAAAUGGAAAGUUUAAAAAAAUCAAAACAGAUAAGUAUUUGCAGUGUAGACUUUCAAGAUUCAAAGAUGGACGGUGAAUCGGUGCUUCAGAAAGUUUUGAAAGUUCAUGAUAACAUUACUGUAGAAAAUAUAAACUUCACCGAAAACAGCCUAAGCGAAAAUCCGCCAGUUAAUCAAGAAAAAUGCUUGAAGCUGAAUUCAAAUGUCCAAGCAAAAAAUGUUACGUUGUCCAGUCGGAAUUUACGAAGUAGGACUAUUAAUAUAGUUGAAUCAGAUGACAACCACAGAGUUACACACGAUGAAAAUUUAAAGGUUAAAAAUCAAAAAUCAAACUGCAAAGUCGAACUAGAAAACAAUUUAGUCAGUAUUCGUUCAUUGGACUUUCAAGAUAGUGAUAUUAAACAAAUAAAACCUACGAAACAAGAUUCAGAGGAAUUUCGAGUAGAAUCGUUUCUCAACAUGAGCUCUGGUACUCUUAAUGAAUUACUAAAAAGUACGGAUAAAAAGACUGACGAUGCGGAUAAAUUUCAAAAACCAACAACUUUAUUGAACUAUACCCCAAAGGUAAAAGAGAAAAAACGCGAAUCUGCAUCAUCUAUUAACUCAUCAAAAAGCAUGAGUUUAUUUAGCGAUAGUUCAUUUCUUGAUGCUCAAAUAUGUAGUGUACUGGAAAAAAAUGUAAUUGAAGGUUCUUGUCUAAUUGAUUUUGAGAAUAGUGAAUUCAACCAAAACAAACUGGAAGAGUUGUUAUUCUCUCCAAGAAAAUUUAGAACUUUUUCCAAGGAGAAAGGGUCAUCGAUGCAGCAACAAAUUAGGCGACCAGAUGAUGAUCAGUCGAAAAACUUAAGUACCGAGGGUGACCAAAGGGUUUCGAAAAAAACGAUUAUCGAAUCAGAUUCAAAAGAAAACAGUCCUACAGUUACAAGAAGCAAGUAUAUUUUUGCUAGGAAAUCGGAUGAACAAUCGCCGAUUGCCGGUAUAAGAAGUUAUAACAAACGAGUGCCAAUUACAACUGCAGUUGGUUCGAGUCCCGGCGUGUCAGAUUCAGACGAAUCUAUUGUCAAUUCACAAGCGAUUACUCCUGGAGCAGUAAAUAAAACUCGAAAUCGUUUACUCGUGGCUACUCAGCGUAAAAUUCAUCAGAGCAAAACUUCAAAAAAACUCCGUGAUCUUAUUCCGCCAAUACCGAAGACACCAGAAUCGUUCUACAAAAGAACUAGCCCAGCACUGAUUCGGUGCACAGAUGAUUCUGAUAAUUUCGAUAAUGAUAGUGAUGAUCUCUUCGAAUCAGAGAAUAUAAUAAAACCUCUCCAGCAAAUUAACGCCCUUCACAAAGAAUGUGAAAAACCACGAAGAUCAGUCAGCCUUACAAAAAUCAGUUUAAAAUCAAUUGAUGCAACGUUUGUAGCAAACUCACAACGUCUAUUCAAGGAUUUUCGAGCAAAAAUUGAAAUCGAAAAACGCAAAGAAAUAGCCGUAGCAAUGGUUACCGAAUCAUAUGAACAAGAACCUCAAACGACUAUCGGUAAUCGAAUUGUUAAUGAAAGCGCAGAAAAACGUAAAAAAGAUCGAAAAAAUGAAACGCACAUUUACGCUAACAAAAAAAUAUGUGGCAUUGUAUUUUCUUGGGGUGUUGGAGCUGUUUUUUAUAUGGCAUUCGAAAAUACAGUAGGUACAAAAGUUACUAUCAAAGAAAGGAUUUCAUUUCUUCGAGAUGUUCUUCAGAAUCCCUUGAUACGGCUGCGAUGUUUUAAUGUAAAAGAAGUCUUUAAAAUGCUGUGCAUCCGCACAGAAAUUGAACCAAUGUGCCACUUUCUUGACCCACGAAGCGGUGAUUGGCUUAUGAAUUCAGAAAUUUGUCAAAAAUCUUAUUCAGAAUUAACGGCUCAAUAUUUUUCACGAGGUCAAGAUAUCGCAAAAGCAUUGGACGAUGAUGACACUACUCAUAGACUCAAUCCUUCUUCUAAAGCUGCUGCAAAAGCUCUGUUAGCUUGGUACCUCACUGAUGAAAUAAUAGGAACAAUGAAAAAAUACAAUCCUGCAUUAUUAUCUGCUUACAAAAAUAUUGAAAUGCCUACUAUAGUGAUCUUAGCGAAAAUGGAACUGAGAGGUUUCGGCAUUAAUUCCAAAUCAUUGCUAGAACUUGCUAGCGUUAUAAAACAAGACUUAGCUAGAACAGAAGAAACAGCUUUCCAUUUAGCGGGAAGAAAAUUCAAUUUUUAUUCUCCAAAGGAUGUUUCACAGGUACUUGGCUUAACAAAAAAAGGUCGAAGAUGUACGAAUAAGAAUGCGCUUAAAUCGUGCGAUAAUCCAUUAUCAGAUUUAAUAACAAUAUGGCGCAAGCUCAGCACUGUUCAAACAAAGAUCAUUUUCCCGUUAUUACAAUUAGAAAAAAAGAAUGGAAGAAUCCAUGGCCAGUGCAUAACUUAUACUGUAACAGGCCGAAUAUCUAUGCAUGAACCCAACUUGCAAACCAUACCAAGAGAUUUCAAAUCUGAAAUAAGCGGUUACGUACUGAGUCCGCGUAUGGCUUUCAUCCCAAGCGAAGGAAAUAUAAUGUUGUCAGCUGAUUUUUGUCAAUUAGAAUUGAGAAUAUUAGCUCACUUUUCAAAAGAUCCGGUACUAUGUGAACUGAUGCUUCAAAAAAAUGGAGAUAUAUUUAAAAAUAUCGCUGCAAGAUUAAAUAAUGUUGCGGAGGAAAUGGUGGAUGACGAUAUGCGACAAAGAGCCAAACAAUUGUGUUAUGCUAUGAUUUACGGUAUGGGAGCCAAAUCAUUAGCUGAAACCUUAUCCAUUUCCGAAUCUGACGCGAAAGAUUAUCUUGAAACGUUCAUGAGUACUUACAAAGGUAUCAAAUCGUGGUUGAAAACUAUUGCGGAGCAAGCACGCAUCGAUGGUUUUGUUAACACAAUUACCGGUCGGAAACGCGUUUUGCCUAAUAUAAAUAGUAACGUAGCCGCUGUCAAGUCACAAGCUGAACGUCAAGCGGUGAAUACAAAAGUUCAAGGUUCGGCUGCAGACAUAGCAAAAAAAGCUAUGGUUUUAAUAGAAGAUCAAAUUCGGAAACACUUUUCAUGUAUGCCAAUUACACCACUGAAAUUUCCGAGCAGCAAAAAAAAGUUGGAGGAUAACAGUGAUAAGGCUAGACCAAACGGUGGUUUUUUAAUUUUGCAACUGCACGAUGAAUUGAUUUAUGAGGUUAAUCCAAAUGAUUUACCAGUAAUAGCAAAAAUUGUCAAAGAAUCAAUGGAGAGAGCUUUCAAAUUGCGAGUGCCUUUACCAGUAAAAGUGAAAAUUGGUACGGCUUGGGGUAAUCUUGAAGAGUACAAAGUGUAACGUAUACUUUUAUGAUUCCAAAGUUUUACGUUAGAGUAUAAAAUUGUAAAUAUAAAAUUGUGUAGGUGUCUCUAUUGAGUCAUCAGAUUUUUACAUACUUUUUUAAUCAUGAAAUAAUGCUGAUGAGUUUUUUCAGUUUUGAAUUUUCUUUAAUUGUAUAUAAAAGCAAAUGAUUAUAGACAUUCAGUCAGGAAUUUUGAGAAAAGACAAAUUUAUGCAAUUGCAAUAACAUUUAUUUUUUUAAUGGUUACUUUUAAAGUUUAUUUAUAGAAUCACAUAUCUUUAAAAAAAUAUGAUGAUUCAUAU